AGAGCGAGAAAACUCCUUUGAGCUCCGCUUCUGUGGGGACGUGGCCACAGCCGCAUCCAGUCGAGGCACCGAGCGCAGCACCACGGCGGCGUGAGGUUAUCCAACCACCGGAGGAGAUCGCCCGGCGGCGGCGCUAUUCGACCCGGCUCGAGAGCCACCGCGCUUGGCUGAUCCGGCGAUGGCGGCCCCAAACCGGCGCUCCCGGCCGGACUCGCACGGCGGCGUCCUGCCCCUGCCCGCCGACGUGCUGUGCGAGGUCCUGCUGCGCGUCCCGGCCAAGGACCUCUGCCGCCUCCGCGCCGUCUGCCGGCCGUGGCAAAACACCUUGCUGACAGAGGUUGCAAACUUUCAUUACUGGGAACAAUAUUCUCCUCAGGAUAUUCUCUAUACAGUACUUAUGGGAAACCAAGAGCGUGGAACAUGCCAGCAAUUCAGGCUUGGUUGCAGUCUGUACUUGCAACCAAGGAUUUUAUCCAUUUGAUGUUCUCUUCUAUGUUCUUCACAUCUCAAUUGCACUUAAAGAUUGUUGCACUACCUGUGCUUUGCUGGGCACUUGAUCAUGUUGCCAGAUUCCUAAGUCGUAAUUUCAACCGAUCCUCUUUCUAUUGGAGAUACUUGGAACAACCUUGUCUUUGGGUAGAGACAAACAAUACUAAACUGAGUCUCCUUAGUUCCAAUGCUGAAAUCGCCUUGGAUUUUCUUCUGAUCAUAUCAUUGUUCUUGUGGCGUCGUAGCAUAAUUCAGACAUUCAUGUAUUUCCAGGUGUUGAAGCUGAUGUACCAUGCUCCUGUGACAUCCAGCUAUCACCAGAGUGCCUGGACGAAAAUUGGGAGCUCUGUGAAUCCAUACAUCCACCGCUAUGCCCCGUUCCUCCAGACACCCAUUUCUGCGAUCCAGAGAUGGUGGUUCAGGUAGAGAUAUGCGGGAAAAUUAUAUGCUGCUAUGCGGGGAAAUUUUAUGCUGCUAAAUCGUUGAGCCACUCCGGUGGUUUGAGACAGACAGACAGACAAAUGUAGCAUGGCGUUGUGUUCCAGUGUAACGCAGCAGUGCACCCUUUGCAAUGUGGAUUUGCGGGAUGACUGAUAUCCCAAAUUCUGGAGGGUACUUAUGGUAACAAGAAGAGCGUUGUAUGCCUGUAAACUCUUACAGGUGGUGCAGGGGUGGCAAUGUGUGAUGGAUACAAUCUCUUCAUGAUUACAUCCCGCAUUCCCGCGCCUUUGCGUUAUCCAUGGGCGAACUUGCUUAUUA